CCCGGUGAGGCGGCGGCGGAGCUCGGAGGCGGCCCCAGCGCAGCAGGAUUUUUCAUUCCCAAGGAGUGGCCGGAUGGAGGAGGAGGAAAAGCCCCGGAGAUGCCGCACGAGGAGGGGCUGCAAACCCAGCGCAGGGAGCUGCGAGGAGCAAAGACCCGCCCUGUGCCAGGAGGGCGGCCGGAGAUCCAGCCAGAGCUCAGAGCUGGUGGAGAAGCCUCAUGGUGGGAAGAAGCCCCACAAGUGCUUGGAAUGUGGAAAGGGUUUCAGCUGGAGAUCCAGUCUGAUCGAACACCAGGUGAUCCAUACUGGGGAACGGCCCUAUGAGUGUGGGGAAUGUGGGAAGAGCUUCAACCAGAGCUCCAGUCUAAACCGGCACAAGAUGAUCCACACUGGGGAACGGCCCUUUGAGUGUGGGGAGUGUGGGAACAGCUUCAGGUGUAGCUCCGGCCUGAGGAAACACCACAGGAUCCACACUGGGGAGAAGCCCUACGAGUGUGGGGAAUGUGGGAAGAGCUUCAGAGACAGCUCCAGUCUGAUCCAGCACAAGAGGAUCCACACCGGGGAACGGCCCUAUGAAUGUGUGGAGUGUGGGAACAGCUUCAGCCGCAGCUCCAGCCUGAGGAAACACAAGAGGAUCCACACUGGGGAAAAGCCCUAUGAAUGUGUGGAAUGUGGGAAGAGCUUCAGAGUCAGCUCCAGCCUGAUCCAGCACCAGGUGAUCCACACUGGGGAAGGGCUCUACACCUGCUUGGAAUGUGGGAAGGGCUUUGGAUAUAGCUCCGACCUAAGAAAGCACCAGCGCAUCCACACCGGGGAGAGGCCCUACGAGUGUCCUGAGUGUGGGAAGAGGUUUCACACCAGCUCUGAUCUCCUCAUACAUGAGCGGAUUCACACAGAGGAGAGGCCCUUCCGCUGCCCCAACUGCGGGAAGGGCUUCAAGCGCAACUCUGCCCUCACUGUCCACUGCCGCAUCCACACCGGGGAGAGGCCCUAUGAGUGUCCUGAGUGUGGGAAGAGCUUCUCACAGAGGUCUAACUUGACCCAACACCAACAGAGGCACCACUAAGGGAAGCCCUGUGAGUGCCCCGAGAGCGGGAAGAGCUUCGUGCGCUGCUCCAGCUCCAUCCCCGGUGGGAGGAUCGCCCUUGGAUGAUCCCCAGUGACCCCCGUUGGGCAGAGCCCUGCUGAUCCAUGGUCCUGGUGAUCCGUGUUGGGAAGACACCUGGCUGAGAUGCUACACAUCUUCCUGGCUCCCUGUGGGCACCUGGAACAAUGCAGGGACAGGAACAUCCAUUGGGACACAGACUGACAUCGGGAAUUUUGGGGGAGAGCAGAUUUGUUGGCUUUCAACCCCAGAAAACCUUUGGCAUUAAAUCCUUCUAGGGGCAUUACAGAAUAAUGGAUGGUCUUGGAGAUCUUUUCCAAGCUCUUCCAGACCUUUGAUUUCCUACUGCCCAAGGGCAUCUUCUGCAGCCAAAUGCUGAUGGACUGGGGCAAAGACCAAGGUUUUGGAGACAGUGGGGUGGAAACCCCUUCAAAAAAGGUUCUUCCCUCCCAGCCAAGCAUGUGGAUCCUCAGCUGGCACAGACACAACAAUCCUUUUCUUUUGGUUUCUAUUUCCUUUUCAUUUCCCUUCAUCACUUUAAAAUAUCCAACACUGGGGUAAAAAUAAAGAGAUUGAACUGGG